UAGUGCCAUUCCUAUAGUCCUGUAUUGUUCUUUUUCCUGUGAUUUUGCGCGGUCACCUUUUGGUCAAUUAAUACGCGUAUAGCAUUUUUACAAGGGAAAAACUUUUUCUUGUCUUUAUUUUAAAAUGUCACUUUUGACAAAGUUCAAAAUAUAUCAAAAACGGUAAGACUUUGAUAUGUCUAGAAUUUUCCGAGGAAUGCAAGGUCUAUAGAACGUUAUAUUUAAAAUAACAAAGUUGUUAAAAAUAAUAAUUUUGAAGUAUAUGUGAAUCGGAACAACUUUUGUGUAAGUUUUCUUAGUAUUUUUACAGGAUUUGAAAUACAUGUCAUAUUGAUUAUCCUGACACUAUUCAGAUUACUUAACGGUUUAAAAUUGUUCUCAUAUUUUAGUAAUUAAAUUUAAUUAGAAUUCUAUGGAUAAAAUGCAAAAAAAUACUACACUUCUGUUUGCAAAAUAUGGUCAUGAAUGCACUUUGGAAGAUUUACCACAAGAAUACCCGGAUAUUCCCGGUCGUGGUCUCUGGAAAAAAAUUCGUAAAAUGUUGAUUCGAAUGUGCGUCGUAUCAGAUUCGAGCAAACUUUAUACCCAUCAUUUAAGGAGCUUUGGAGCUAUUGUCAAAGAGCGAGAAAGACAAAUUCUAUAUUACAGAUGGAGAAUACACCCUUUUAGUAAAGCAUCUCUAUAUUGGUCUCUAGUAAUGAUUGUGAUUAUAUUCAUUGAACUUAUUAUUACGCCUGUAGAUUUCUUGCUUUAUGAUAUGAAGAAGACUUUUAUAUAUAGCGUUCAGUGGAAGAUAGUAACGUGGAUACCAAAUAUCUUUUUCCUUAUUCACUUGAUAGCUAACUUUUGGACUGGUUAUUACGAUGAACCAAAUCAGGAGGUUGUUCUCAGUUUGAAGCGCAUAGCCAAAAAUUAUGUUAAAACAUUCUUAAUAAUAGAUGUAAUUGCGUGUCUACCAAACCAUUUAGAUUUCGUUUUCAACGCUGGUGCGAGAGCAGUGUUUAUUUUUCAAGCAGUGUCAAUGUUAAAGUAUUUGAUGGUAGUAAGAUUUUAUAAAUAUUUAAAAAUAUCUGCCGAGAUUUUGGGCAUCAAUUAUUAUACAUAUAUGAUUACAUUGGUGAUGGCACUAAUAAUGUUAUUUUGGCAUUCGACAUGUUGUAUGUUAACAUUCUUAAGGCGUUAUUUGGGCGCCGAAGUGAAUGAUAUUUUUGAACCGUCUGUGAAAACAUUUUAUAGAGUUCUGGAAGACGAAAGUCAUCAGAGAAAUCCAGUGCUAACGGCAUUCAUAAGCGCUUUUUAUAGAGGUUCCCUCAUAAUAUAUAACUCCAGUUACGGAAGGACCUUGCCCUCGACGGAAAAAGAAAUUUUGUUAAUUUGGUUUGGCUGGUAUGCAUCAAGUCUAUUUUUUAUAUACAUUUUAGCUUUGAUUAUGGAGAUUAUGCACGGUAAACAAUCAGCAUCCCACAAGUAUGUAAAAAUUGAGAGGCAACUCAUGGACUACAUGCGUCAUAAACAGCUACCAACUCAAAUGAGAAGAAGAAUUUUAACCUAUCAUGAAUUCCGUUUUCACAAGAGCUACUUUCAUGAAAAUAAGAUAUUGGGAACUAUAUCAGAACAGCUUAGACAAGAAAUAAAUAUGCACGCCUGCCGCAAAUUAGUUGAAAGUGUCAUUUUUUUUCGAAAUCUACCACUAAAUCUUUUGGUGCGCAUCAUUUCCUGUUUGAGGAUAGAAGUAUAUCUGGUUAAUGAUGUUAUUAUAAGAGCAAAUACCCCUGGAACUAAUAUGUAUUUUAUUUCGACCGGCACAGUUGCUAUCUAUUCAAAAUCCGGUACAGAGAUUUGCCAUUUGGAAGAAGGUUCUCAUGUUGGCGAAGUGGCACUGAUUAUUAAAGGAGUAUUGCGCACCGCUUCUGUCAUUGCAGUAGAGGUAUCUGAAUUGUAUAGGCUUGACCAGAAGGACUUUGUUAAAGCAAUAAGUCCUUAUCCAGAUCUUCUCGCAAAUAUUCACAGAAUUGCAGCAGAUAGAAUGGAAGCUUCUUCAAUGCUUGAGGAUUACAAGAUGAAAGAAGCUUCAAAAAGAUAGUGUGGAAUGCUUGAGGAUUACAAGACGAAAGAAGCUUCAAAAAGAUAGUGUUUGUUAACUUCUUGUAAUAAAAUGUUUUAAUCAAUUAAUACACAAAUAAUUCCACUAUGCACAAAACUUGAUUUAAAAUUUCCUUCACAAAUGAACUUUAGCAUAACUCCAAACCCUAAAGCUUCAGGAAAGUAAGUUUUGCGAUAGUCCCUCUCACCAAAAAAAAUUUCAAAUACUGGUAAAAGAAAUUGAUGAUUAAAGGGGCUCAU